AGGUCGCUGUGCGCGUGGAAAUAACUUGCGUGCGAGAGUGCAAGUAUGCGUGCGUGCGUUUCGGGGAUUUUCUUCGUAUAAUGAGCCAAUAAUUAGCAAUGUCAUUUAUGUGGUCUCAUCUAGGCUAUUGAGCGUGUCUUCACAAGGAUUUCACGGGCCCCCUUUCGGCCAUGCCGACUGGAACGAGAAAUAGCACUGAUGCGUGGGUCACCUCGACUCCUGAUGUUAUGAUGGACCUGUUACAAGCAACCAGAUGCAGGACCCUUCCCCAGACUAGGCUGGCCCCCUACCGCUGGACUGUCCAGGCUAACACGGAGGAAAGCGUUUCCAGGGGGCUGGACCCUUUGGUGCUAGCCAUCAGGAGGGGAGACAUGACGGCGUUAAAGGAGCUGUCUGUCAGCCACAGCCUGACGAGGGAGGGCCAAGACGGCUGGACGCCUUUACACGAGGCCGCCUUCUGUGGGGAGACGGAGGCUGUGAAGAUGAUCCUGAAGGCGUACCCGGCGUCGGUGGAUAAGCGGACGCUGCAGGAGCAGACGGCGCUGCUGCUGGCCUCCUCCGCCGAGCACCUGGCCUGUGUACGCAGUCUGCUGGAGGCCGGGGCUGACCCCGACAUCUGUGGGAAGAACAAAGACACACCCCUGUACAUCGCGUGCGAGCGAGAGAACGCGGACAUGGCGGACCUCCUGGUGCAGGCCGGCGCCUCGGUGAACCAGCGCUGCGCCCAGGGCUGGACGGCCCUGCACCAGGCCGUGUCCCGGGACAACACAGCGCUCUGCGACACGCUGCUCGCCGCGGGGGCCAACCUCAACCCCUCCAACACCCACAGCAUCACGCCCCUCAUCGUGGCCGCCCAGCAGGGCAGGCUGCGGGCCCUGGGCUUCCUCCUGGGGAAAGGAGCGGACGUGAACAUGGAGACAUGUGACGGCGUGACCGCUUUGCAUGAGGCCAGCAGGCACGGCCACCGGGAGGCGGCGGCCAUGCUGCUGGAGCGGAACGCAGACGCAAACAAACCGUGUGGUUCAGGGCUGCUGCCGCUGCACACCGCGGCGGAGCACGGGCACCAGGAGAUCGUCUCCCUGCUGGUCCCGGUCACCAGCCGUGCGCGGCUGCGGGGCAGCGGGAUCAGCCCCCUGCACCUGGCGGCCCACAACAACAGGCUGGCUGCCGCAGCUGUCCUGCUCCGGACCGGCGCCGACGUCAACGCUCCCCUGUCCCGCCAGCGCUGCGCCCAGCACCCCGACCAGCGCACCUCCCCCUUGUACUUUGCCGUCGACGGCGGAGCCACAGAGACGGCGGCGCUGCUGCUGAGGGCGGGCGCCAGCCUGACCCUGGACCCCGUCAGCCCCCUGCUGCUGGCCGCCCGGCGAGGCAGCCUGGGCGCCGUGGAGCUGCUGCUGGAGCACGGCGCCGACGCUAACGUCGGCGUGCCGUCGUACCCCACCCGCUUCCCCGGCGCGGUGGCGCUCUGUGCCGACGGCGAGGCCGUGCUCCGGUGCCUGCUGGAGCACGGCUGCGACGCCCGGGCCUGCUUCGGCUGUAGGUACGGCCCCGCCCCGCACCCUGCCUGCACCCCUCCGGCCCUCUCCAGGGGCAGAGAGAGCGGGCGGCUGUCUGCCGCCCCCCCGCACCGCUCUGGGAUACCUGCCCUGACCUGCAAGCAGUCCCCCGCCAACGGCACACAGUUUUGUGAAUGGCUCUCUACCUCAGCUGGGCGUGACCGGGCUGGACCAAUCGUAGACCUGCUCCUGGAGUACGUGGGGAGCGUUCAGCUCUGCGCCCGGAUCACCGAACUGCUGGACAGCCGGGAAGACUGGGGCCCCGUCAGACACAAGACUCUGUCGCCUCGUCCUCUGCUGCAUCUGAGCAGGAUCAGGAUUCGGGAACAGAUAGGAACUCACCGGCUGGGGUCUCUCCAGAGUCUCCCUCUGCCAGACAGACUCCUCCAAUACCUUGGUCCCAGUGGUCUUCAGGAACCACGGCUCAGUUCCCCGACUAUUACUGAGUCUCAACUGAAAUGAAUGUAGAUGUGUGAUGGUUUUGGUUUGUUUAUGUGUGCAACGGUGGCCGUUUAGCUUGUUCCAGUGUGCACAAGGGCCUGAUGAUACUGUGUAUUAUACUCACUAUAUAUCAUGUUAAUAUGUUUGGGUUGUACAACUAGGGGUGCCAAUGUUUGCUUGAAUCAGACUAUUUAAGUUUAAGUUAAGUGUGUCUGUAUUGAAGGAGUGCAUGUGUUUGUUAACGAAUGAAUCUUCUGAAGACAGGAGUUAAGAAAGGUUAUAACACUUUAUUUGGAAAUCACAGCUACUGUUUAAAAAGGUCAACAUUAUUUGGACAAAAAGUUUUCGUCUCUUAAUUAAAACAAAAUUGGAACAUUUAAAGGCAUGAGUUUGGGUCAUCACUUCAUACUUCGGUAAAGUUGUUAACUAAUGUUCCUGAAGUGCAAAUUCGACCUAUGUAAACAACAUUUCUAAUAAGUGCUUUAAUAACUGCUGAGAGAGUCCUACCGCUAGCUGGACACAAAAUAACCAGGCGCUUAUUUGCAUGGAUGGACCUGCUUUCGUCCACGGUCAUGUGGUUGGACUUUUAGAGGAAGCCGAACACGCUGAAAAUUGACGACGGGACGGGGGGCUUGGUCGGUAUGGGCUUCACCACGACGUGCGUGUGAACCUUCGGUCCAUAGUGAUGCUCAGGGACGACCAUCCCUGUUUCGGCUCCUGCGGCUUUGCCCCACAGCACCAACGGGGAGUGGGGGACCACCACGUGGCUCUGGAACACCUGUUGUCCGUGGUACUGAAAGGGGCAACAGCCGCAGAGACUCACGUGGUGUGAGGUCAUGUCCGAUUUCACCCUGUCUCUGUCCACCGGGCCGUGUCGACUCGAGGCGCUUAUUGCGGCUUUUGAGUCGUCAACACGAGCUCCUUUCCUUUCUUUCUUCUCAGUCUCAAUGUGGCUCUUUUCGAGACCUACCUGUAAAGAGUCAUUUUUAAGUUCGGUUAGUUUAGGUUCUUCCCAGAAUGAUGCCGGUAAUUGCCGUUUCCUCAUGGGCAGCAGUUCCUGGCUGCCGGUAUCUUUGCCCGCAGUGGUGCGUAAAGUGUCCACACCAUGCCCAUCCAAACGCGCCCCUUCUGGGAUCUUCGUGCCCUGGGGUGCAGUAAUCCCGGCUGGUCUGGCGCCUUCGGGCAAUGCAGCUUUGUGCGUGUGGCAUCUUGGAACUCUGGAGUAUUUGUGAGAAAAACGCUUCAGCUGCUUCUGAAGGUACUUCCGGUGGUCCAC